AGGAUCUAGAUCGGAACCUGGAAGAUUCAACUCAAGCUCACCUCACUAAACAUAGGGGCCCAUUGAAUUCGUAUUCUGUCAACAGUCGCCUCUCCUCUCUUCUUCAUCUCCGCACUGAGCUACUGCAGGGAGCCUGGUGCCUUCUGUAACUAUCUAGCGUCAGUUUGACAGAGAAGGCGUCACAGUAGAGGUAAUCCUUUGUCACGUCUACCCUUGCUUAUCAUUAUGCUACAAUCUUGUGCUACUAAAAGUCCUGUUCCACAUCCAGCAUUCCAGGCUGACCCGUUUCAAGAUUUUUGAAGUGGGGAGACAUACUAACUCUAGUAUAAGAUAGCUGGGUCAUCUUUAGGCAAUAUAAAGAUUUCUCUAAGCUUAUUACCUCGAACCUUUCCUACUGAUAUUUCGUAUUUUUAUGCGGCUCAAAGCGAUCCGGCCCCGAUAAUUUCAUUCAAUAUUUGCUUUAAUAUUCGUUGCUCUGUCCUGGCCUAUGAAAAGUGCUAUCGAAAAAAAUUCGUGGAGCGUAGAGCUCCAGGACCUUGCCACCCCGGGUCGAUCUUUGGCCUGCUCCCCUGACUAUCAGCUAGUGGCCUCACACUCUGGGAAGACUAUCAUACUCUUGGACUCCAAGACAGGAAGGAAGCUCCAUGCACUCCAGGGCCAUUCUGAACAUAUUAAUUCUGUGAACAUCUCCCCAGAGGGUCAGAUUGUGGCCUCGGGUUCUGAUGAUAGAACUGUCAGACUCUGGAAUGUUAAUACAGGUGAAGAACUCAAGACUCUCCAGGGCCAUUCUGAUAAUGUUGGAUCUGUGAUCUUCUUUCCAGAUGGUCAGACAGUGGCCUCAGUCUCUGACGAUGAGACUGUCAAGCUCUGGUGUGUCGCGACAGGCAAAGAGCUCCGGACCCUCCAGGGCGAUUUUAGUUACUUGACAGAAAUGGUCUUCUCCCCAGAUGGUCAGACCCUAGCUUUCUUUGGCAUUAGCAGAAACAUUUACCUUUGGGAUGUCAAUUCAGGCCAGGAUAUUCGAACCCUCAAGGGCCAUUCUGAGUAUAUUAAUUCUAUCGUCUUCUCCCCAGAUAACCAGACGGUGACAUCACGUUUUGAUGAUGGAAGUGUUAUGGCCUGGAAUGUCAAGACAUGCGAGCAAGUACCUGCUUACAGGGAUGAUUUUGAAAGAUAUUUCAAGAAAGACCCAUAACUCUAUACCAAUGGUGGUUUUUCUGGUGUUUCGCCGGUGGGUCAAAUUUAGCUAGCCCAGUCUCGAAUAACAAGACAUGCUGCUAUAACGCAAUUCCAAAAAUUUAACAGACCGUUACUAGUGAC